GGGCCCCUUUCCCAGUCCUGCGAGGCCCAUGCCCGCCUCCACAGGCAGCGAGGAUGGUUCGCGCCCAGCCUGACACUGCACCGCCUCUCCGCAGCCUCGGGGCGGUGGCCCAUGGAGUCGGGGCUGCUGCGGCCUGCGCCGGUGAGCGAGGUCAUCGUCCUGCACUACAACUACACCGGCAAGCUCCGCGGCGCCCGCUACCAGCCCGGCGCGGGGCUGCGCGCCGACGCCGCCGUGUGCCUGGCCGUGUGCGCGCUCAUCGUGCUGGAGAACUUGGCUGUGCUGUUCGUGCUCGGACGCCACCCGCGCUUUCAUGCGCCCAUGUUCCUGCUUCUGGGCAGCCUCACAUUGUCUGACCUACUGGCGGGCGCUGCCUACGCCGCCAACAUCCUGCUGUCCGGGCCGCUCACGCUGCGCCUGUCGCCCACGCUCUGGUUCGCAAGAGAGGGCGGCGUCUUUGUGGCGCUCGCCGCCUCGGUGCUGAGCCUCCUGGCCAUCGCGCUGGAGCGCAGCCUCACCAUGGCGCGCCGGGGACCCGCGCCCGCAGCCCGAAGGGGGCGCACGCUGGCCCUGGCGGCCGCCGCCUGGGGCCUGUCGCUGAUCCUCGGGCUACUGCCAGCGAUGGGCUGGAAUUGCCUGGGCCGCCUGGACGCCUGCUCCACCGUCCUGCCGCUCUACGCCAAGGCCUACGUGCUCUUCUGCGUGCUCGCCUUCCUUGGCAUCCUGGCUGCCAUCUGUGCGCUCUACGCGCGCAUCUACUGCCAGGUGCGCGCCAACGCGCGGCGCCUUCGAGCGGCUAGGGGCUCCUCGAGCCGGGCACGCCGCGCGCCGCGCUCUCUGGCUCUGUUGCGCACUCUCAGCAUAGUGCUCCUGGCCUUUGUGGCGUGUUGGGGCCCCCUCUUCCUGCUGCUCUUGCUCGACGUGGCGUGCCCGGCGCGCGCCUGCCCCGUGCUCCUGCAGGCCGACCCCUUCCUGGGCCUGGCCAUGGCCAACUCUCUUCUGAACCCCAUCAUCUACACGCUCACCAACCGCGACCUGCGCCACGCGCUCCUGCGCCUCGUCUGCUGCGGCCGGCGCCCCCGUGGCCGAGGCUUGGGAGCCUCCCAGCGAUCCGUGAGCGCCGCUGGGGCUUCGGACGGCCUGCACCACUGGCUGCCCCCCAGCCUAGAUGGCAGCUCCAGCCGCUCAGAGCGCUCGUUGCCCCAGCGGGACGGGCUGGACAUAAGCCUCUCCACCGGCGCACCCACAGCCCCAGGGACCCUGGUACCUGCACCAGCUGCAGAAUGACCCCCUCUGACCGGCCAUUGCCCUUCCUAAGAGCUGUUUUUGCAGACUUUUUCUUUUUUAAUAAUGGACUUUAUAGGAAAACCAGCCGAAGAUGGUGGAGAAAGAAGACGCAGGGAGAGGUAUUUUAUUGGCUGGUGCUAAACCCCACAACAGUGAACAAAACUGACAAAAAUCACUGUCUUUGUGGAAUUGACGUUCUGGUGGGGCACAGGAGAUAACGGAGCGAAGAAAUAAUGGAGAUAGUUCCAGUGACAAUACAGUGAUGUGAUGGUGCCAGAGGAGGCCUCUCUGCAGAGGUGGUGACAUGUGAUGUGAACUGAGACAUGACUGUCCUGGAACACACGAAGCAGAGCGUUUCCUGUGAGGGAACAGCAGGUGCCAGGGCCCCGAGGCCACAGUGUGUCUGGGUUCCAUGACAAGCAGGGGUUCAGGUGUUGCUGGAGCAGCGGUGGGAGUGAGAGGGAGAAGACAAAGGCAGGGAGAUGACUGGCCAGAUCACUCAAGGUCUGUGGGCUCAGGGGAGGACGGUACUUCUGCUCUAAGUGAGGUGGGAGCCAUGGAGAGUUCUAGAUAAGGGAAGGACUUGUCUUGGUUCCGGAGUCCACGGAUCUCUGUGUGAGGCAAAGGUGGUAGCUGCAAGAACAAGGUGGUGGCUGCACGGGCCAAGGAGAGUGAUGACGGAGACUCAGACCGUGUGGAUUCUGGAUAGAUUUUGGAAACAGCGGACAGAAUUACUGAGGAAUUGAGUGUGGGAGUGAGAAAGGAGUCAAGGACAGCUCUCCAGCUUAGAGGCGAGAACACCAAAGACAGGGCACCCUACAAUCUGACGCUGGGAGACUCAGCCAAUUUUUAACUGAAACAGGAUUUGAGCGUGUGUCAGACCCUUCAUAAAAAUGUAAUAAAGUAAGACCAAUUGCAGCUUAUUGUGCCUGGCUGGUCAUCCCACAGUGGUAGGCCCAGGACACACCCUUUCACCCUUACUGCAACCUUGCAAGGUGAGUUUCCCCACCCCCUUUUAUAGGUGAGGAAACUCUAAGCAGUGAGUACCUUGCACUCGCCCAAGCUGUCAGGCUCCUAGGCCUGCAAAGGUGCAGGCUGAGUCUCUGGCUCCUCCGGAAUGGGGGGCAAUUCCAAAGCCCCGUUUGUGCCCAUAAAAGGCUCCAGACGGCUGGCCAAGGUCCCUGGCUGUCCCCAGGCGCAUUCCUGACUCCGGUGAGGUGGGGGCCGAGCGGGGAACUUGGGGCUCAGACUGCCACACGCCUCCUGUCGGGAGACAGCGGAACUGCAGGCAGCUGCAAAGUGUGUUUUGGGGGCACUGACCCAGCCUAGGGGGCCUGAGUCUCUGCCAGCCACGCUCAGGCCCUCCCAACAGGCCACGCACACAGGAAACGAACCUAUUUCUUGGAACACAAGCACACUCAAGCCUGGGGUCACGGUCUCAGGACUGGACCCAAUUCCCAACCCAGCCUAACACUCCUCACCCCGGGCUCCUUCAAUUUUCCAGGGGAGCCUGGCGCUCACCCCUUUGUUCAGUUGUUUAACGAUGUGAUGGCAGAUUUAUUUGCUUGUUCACAUUUUACAAAAUUCAAAAAGUACUAGUUACCUCG